UGAAAAAAUAACGUUUAGUCUAAUAGAAGGUUAGGAAUUGGUCGUGUCGAACCCUGACAAGCCUGAUAAGGGGCAGAAAAUGAAUAUCACUACAUAUGGAACGAUGAGUCGAACCAUCAUGAUCUGAGAGAUCGCUUUUUUUCUAGCUUCAUUUUCCCAACCCAGACCUUAUUCGCCUUACGCCUUUACGUGAGGAGGGCCCCUAAUUACAGUCGAAGCUCUAAUAAAUAUUCACAUUUGCCAACUCAUUAGCUUAAUUUUUACUCUUCAAUUCCCUCUUCCGUCCCGUAGAUCGCCCCGUCGAAUCCUAAAGUCAUAAUCACGAUUACCAUUAUCACGAGCGGGUUCCUAGACUUAGCUAAUACGAUAUAAUUACCUAUUCACCGUUACCGUCACAUUUACCUUAAUCCGAUCCAACUACAUCCGCGAAGCCCGCACCCGACCACUUCCAAGCAAUUCCUAUGAGCGAAACUCUCAUCGUCUUAGACUCGCUUGCCGAGCGGAGGUCUAAAUAUCACGAGGCCGAUGUCGUAGUUGUCGGUGCCGGCGUCUUCGGAUGCGCCAUAGCGUAUGCCCUGGCCGGGCAGGGAAGGAGCGUAAUUCUACUCGAACGAUGGAUGAAGGAACCUAACCGCAUCGUCGGCGAGCUCAUGCAGCCAGGCGGUGUGAAUUCGUUAAGAAAACUGGGGCUAGGACACUGCAUCGAGGACAUCGACGCCGUAACAUGCAACGGAUUCAAUGUCUUCUUCUACGGAGAGAACGUCCGCAUGCCCUACCCCCAAAUACAAGGACUGCUCGGGAUGGACGGCGGAAAGGCGAAAAAGACUGGUAAAGACAAGGAAGACGGGCCCCGACCCCAAGGCAAGAGCUUCCACCACGGCCGAUUCAUCACGCAGCUGAGGAAGUCGUGCCUUGAGCACCCCAACAUCAGCGUGUUCGAGACCGAAGUCGUGAGCACGAUCAAGGGCGACCACAACCCCGAGAUCCUCGGCGUCGAGACGCGGACGACGAACGCGACGACCGGCGAGAAGGAGAAGGACUGCUUCUUCGGCCAGCUGACCGUCGUCGCCGACGGCUACGCCUCCCGCUUCCGUAAGCAGUUCAUCCCCGAAACCGUCCCCGUCGUCCGCUCCAAAUUCUACGCCCUCGAGCUUAUCGACUGCCAAUUGCCCUCCCCCGGCUUCGGCCACGUCAUCAUCGGCGCUUCGAGUCCCGUCCUCCUAUACCAGAUCGGCUCCCGCGAGACCAGAGUCCUAGUCGACGUCCCCGAGAAGCUCCCUGAAGCAUCCCCAGCUAACGGCGGCGUAAGGGGCUACAUGAAAAACGUAGUCCUACCAGCACUCCCCGAGAGCGUGCGCCCAUCAUUCAAAGCCGCGCUCGAGAAAGACACCAAGAUCCCGCAGAGCAUGCCGAACAGCUGGCUCCCGCCGACCCGACAAUCAGUCCCAGGCGCCGUAGUCCUCGGCGACGCGUUCAACAUGCGACACCCGCUUACCGGUGGCGGCAUGACAGUCGCGCUGAACGACGUCGUGCUCCUCCGGGACCUGCUCGCCCCGCAGAACAUCCCCGACCUCGCAGACACGCUCGCGGUCCGCCGCGCCAUGAACGACUUCCACUGGCAGCGCAAGCGCCUCACGGCCAUCAUCAACGUGCUCGCCAUGGCGCUAUACAGCCUCUUCUCCGCGCGCAACGAGGAGCUUGCCAAACUCCAACGCGGGUGUUUCCAUUACUUUAAAAAGGGCGUCACCCGCGAUCCCAUGGGCAUGAUCGGUGGGCUUAUCCCCGAUCCCCUGGUCCUCGCGUAUCACUUCUUUUCGGUGGCUUUUGUGGCGAUUUGGCUGGAUUGGAGGACGACGGGGCUCUGGAAGGUCCCGGUCUUGUUCUGGAAUGCGUUUUGGAUCCUGUGGACGGCUAGUGUGGUGUUCUUGCCGGUUAUGUACCGCGAGUUGCUUAUCUAGCUUGUCUGGGGUGAGGUGAGGUUGGAGUUGGGAGGGGGGAGGAAUUAAUUGCCCUGAAGCCUACGAUACAUGUGCCAUACUUCAUCUACGAGCGCGUAUUUCUCGACCCUGGUGAAAAGGGACGGGGUAUGGGGAGUGGGGAUGAGUUCCGAUGCUAAACACAUACAUACAUACACGCAUGUCUUCUCUGCUCGAUUGUCAGAUCAGAUAGCCUUGGGAAAAUAGGUAGACAUGUCCGGCGUGGCGUGGGACGAAGAAUGAUUAGAAGAUAGAUUUACGGGUUGAUGUAUAUAGCCG